UGCCGGCGCGAUAACACCGUUCUGGUGGCGGAAAAGUGAGCUUUGAUUGCGCGGGUGGAAAAUUGUGGGCCCGGAAGUGACAGCACUGGAGUGGGCCUGUGGAGACGCGCCAGACCUUAACGGAUACCUAAGGACGCACACCCCGCGCACCCCUUUUCAAUGUCGUGGGAAAAAACUUGGCCAAGGGCGUGGGAAAAUUUCUGCCGGCGGAUGUGGAAAAACUUGCUGGGGUGAUGAUUUGGAAAGAUAAGGAAAAAAAUCAGAGGAAAAAAAGUUUAAGCUGAUUUGUUGUGAGGAAAAAUAGUAAUGCAUAAAAGUGAAAUUUAUUUUUAAAAAGCCAGGUGUAUAAAAAAAUAUUAAACAACUAGUUUAAAAAUAAUAAAAAAAAUCUACAAAUAAUGUUUAAAAAAUUAGUGUAAAAAACCAAAAAAAAAGGAAAACCCAGCUCAUUCUAGUGCUUAACAGUGGUCAAUUAAAUGACAGUAGCGUUACCAGGGGAAAUAAUUGAAUGUAUAGUGCAGUGAUGAUGGAUAAAAGCAAAUAGUGAGAUUUAUUGUUGUAAAUUCUAUGGCAAAUCAUUGAGCCCUACAAAAAGUUAAUUGCGACACAUUCUAAAAGAUCAUAAUUGCUACUCUCACAACUGGAUAAAACUACGGUACCGUGAGGACGAGCAGCAUCUGAUUGGAUUUCGAAUUUAUUGGUCCAACAAAGACGGCAGAUCCGUAGAGUAAUCUCCCUCUCCCCCUCGUGGGAAACCCCGUGUGCGGUGGGGAGCGGGAGGACCCGUCGAUGAUGGCGGCUAAUCUGUCAUCGUUCCUAUACGAAUCGUUCUACGGUGGAAAUGCCACGGUGCUGGACAACUACACCAGCUCAACUCCCUACGACACAUUCCAGCUGGAUAGCGGCUGGCCACUCACAACGCCUACCGUUUCGUCCACGUUCUUCCCGUCGGCAGAGGAGGACAAUGGAACCGGGCUGCAUCAACUGUCCACGUACCUGUCGGCCAACCUCACCAAGAUCGUGGCGGUGUACUCACAAGAGGUUUGCCAACUCCAGAACAUAACCUUCACCCCCGAUGGCGCCAGCAGCAGCCAUCCGGGGGUAUUCUGCCUGCCACACGCCCCCAAACUGUCCCGCUCCGGUGUGAUCCGGGUGCUGGUGUUGGCCGCGAUGGCAAUCGUAUCGCUGCUCGGGAACAUCGCCACCAUGUGGAGUAUCCAGCGGAACCGCAAGUCCCGGCGGUUAGCGCGACACAACUGGAGUGCCAUCUACUCGUUGAUCUUUCAUCUGUCGAUCGCGGACCUGCUGGUGACCGUGUUCUGCAUCAUCGGCGAAGCGACCUGGUCGUACACCGUGGCCUGGCUGGCCGGAACGGUGGCCUGCAAGCUGGUCAAGCUGCUGCAGAUGUUCAGCCUGUACCUGUCGACGUACGUGCUGGUGCUGAUCGGAGUCGACCGGUGGGUCGCGGUCAAGUACCCGAUGAAGUCCCUCAACACGGCCCGGCGGUGCCACCGGUUUCUCCUCUGUGCCUACUCACUGUCGUUCCUGCUCAGCAUUCCACAGUGGAUGAUUUUUCGGGUGGCAAAAGGGCCCUUCCUGGAAGACUUUUACCAGUGCGUCACCCACGGCUUCUACUCCGAGCGGUGGCAGGAGCAGCUCUACACCACCUUCACCCUAGUAUUUAUGUUCAUCAUUCCAUUGCUGAUAUUGAUUGGCACUUAUUUAUCAACGUUUAGAACGAUAUCGAGUAGCGAGAAGAUCUUCCGGAUAGAGACGUCCGCGGUGGACCGGUCCUACUACCGCCGUUCCGACACGAACCGUCAACGGCUGAUCCACAAAGCCAAAAUGAAGUCUCUUCGGAUAUCGGUCGUGAUCGUGGUCGUGUUCAUCGUCUGUUGGACGCCGUACUACAUCAUGAUGCUGAUAUUUAUGUUCCUCGAUCCGACCGACGGGCUCGUCGAGGACCUCCAAACGGGCAUCUUCUUCUUCGGGAUGUCCAACAGCCUAAUUAACCCGCUGAUAUAUGGCGCCUUCCAUCUGAUCCCGAUCCGGAGGCGGCACAAUCAGUACAAGCAACAUGUAAGGGAGGGUUCGGUCUAUUUUCAACGUUCGUCUACCUGCAACAACCAGCAACCGAAUGGCACAAGCCCCCACCAGUUGCAGCCCUCGCCAACGCCGGUACCACCGCUCCGAAGUCCCGGAAGUGUCCCGCUGGGCCCGCUGGUGGGGACGCCACCCAUCGGCAUCACUAGCAAGCAGCUGGCGGUCGCCCGCUCCAACUCCAACCUCGCCGAGGAAAUCUCGCUGAUGUCGCUGGAGAAGGACCUCAAGAGUUUGGACGAAAACGUGAACCAGAUUCACCAGAAGAACAGCGCCGCGGCCUCUAGCCGGCGCAGCCUGGCCCGGAAGUUCUUCACGCUGACGCAGCUGCUGAGCCGGACGAAGCCCACCAAGCUGUAAGGGACUUGAACUCAGAGUGUGUGAUUGUGAGUGUUGUUGAGAGGUUAGGUUUAGGCAACCCCAGAAAGACAGAGCUUUAGCGACUUAGUAAGGUUGGGUGAAUUCAGUUAGUCGAACCGCUUUUCGAAUACUGUGAAACUUUGUUCAAUUGGGCUUUAGUUGGUUUCUGGUAGGGGGCAUCACAUGUAGUGCCAAGUCUCCUUUUCCGAAUGUAAGACAUCGUAAACCACACAUGAGUGGGAUCAAAAAUUGAUCGCGGUGAACACUUCCCUAAAGGCGGUAUUAGACUACAUUCCAGACUCGAUUAUCUGAAAACUCAAAUUAUUCACUCUACAGCAUUGCCUUGGCGAUCUCGAUUGAGAUAUUCCUACUCGAAACUUGUUGUCCGUAGACUUGAUUGUUGAGGCAAUUGCAAACUUCUUUUAACGCCUAAGCUUUGAUCCACCCCGGGAUUCAAACUGACGACCUUUGAAUUGUGAGUCCAACCGUCUACCAACGACUCCACCGAGACAGCACUCAGGCAGUCUACUCUUACACCUGGACUGAUCUAACGACCUAACCUCUAAGUUAGACCGGGGCCAACAUUUACUUCCCCGUCCGAUGGAAGGCGUGAUCAGGAAAAUCUUGUCUCGAAUAAUGCCACCGGGACCUUCUGGGAUCGAACCCAAGCCGAAUGGGUGAGAGGCAACCACGCUUACCCCUACACCACGGUUCCGGGUCGAAGCCUCGAUUAUCCGAAGCCUCAAUUGGGUCCGAGGGGCGCGACAUUGGCCUUAAUGUAUUAAUUUUAGCCGUUAAUAUAUUAAGGAAUUAAAUACCUCACGUCAUUUGACAUCUGACAGCGCCACACCUGCAUUCUAAACAUUGGUUUGGUAUGUUUCUCUUUCACGCGCUUAACUGUCAAGUUUUUUUGGAUUCCGUGAAGCGUUGGAAAAAAAGUGGUGAUGGAUAAAGUGUUAUUUACGGAGAAUGCAUAAAAGAUGUGAUCCGCUGGUAGAGUAGAUGCUGCCGGCGGAAGAGAUUAUUUUGCAUCCAUCAUUUGCAUCAUUAUUUUGCAUCCAAAACGAUGGCUUUGCUGAGGGGAACGGAGAAUUAUUCUUUAAGCAUGAACCCAACCUGUCCCGCGUCCGGAUCGCACACAAUCUACGCCAAAAUCCCGCCCUACCUGCAUGAACACCCCCGCUAGUGUCCCCGCUGGACGAUGCCCAUCAGCCGGCUGCUGACAGAGGUGACCGGCCUAGAUUCGAGCGAGGCGAACGGCCUGCCGCAGAAGAUUUGUGUCGUGACUCGUGUGCAUUUCCUACCUCAAGCACGUGUACACGUUCCGGCGGCAGGCCAUCGACAAUGUGGCCGCAAUGCUGGCCGCCCGGUAUCUGGUCACACGGCAAACGAAUAACGGUUCCGCUAGAAAGGACCUGGACGAUCUCAUUGAAUCGGUUGUGAUAAAGCCGGCGGUGAUACGACCGGAAAUGAAUGACGUUUGCCGCGGAUGAUGACGGCGGGGCCGGAUGGGCGGGCGGUGCCCUUUCAGAAGAACCUGGACAAGCAGCAGCUAAUGCAGGCGCUGUUGCUUAAUGGGAAUGGGCGGACGCAGCAGCAGCGGAGCAAGCGGCAGAACAAUUUGGACGAGGUGCAAUUACGUUGCGUGGUGAAAAUGCACUUUUAUUAUCACAAAUAAAAAUAAGAUUUGGUUGUUGUUUUUUUUUGUAUUCGCUUUUUAUUACCCAAAUAAUGUUACCGAAAACUCUGCUCUCGCAGGCAUCUUCCGUCCUAACCACUUCUCUGGAACACGUAGGUAAAUUUACAUCGUUACAUGAUUCGCCCCAAUAUGCUCUUGGUCCUGGGCCAUCCUCAUAUUCCGGAUCUUCUGGUCACGAAACGUACUUCCGCUGGAUCGUCUUCGAUGGCUUCUUCGUUGAUGUUCAGGUGCAGGCGCACUUCCAAGACGAAAUCCAUGAAAUCGGUGCUGUAAAUGUUGGGAAGGCAGGGUUGGAGGCCAGUUUGCACUCGAAAACAGACACGGCGAUUUGUCGAAGCCCCGUGAAUUCAUAUGCGAUCAUCCAAUGAGGACGAGUCAGCUAAUUUUCCAGGGUUAAUCAUGUCGAUGGAAAUGAUGUAGGACGUUGUCUGCCUGGAUCCGGUUGACCACGUUCAGGAGGCAGGUUGGGAUCUGGAACGCCACAGUUCCAAGUGAACUGGCAUUAUUGUACUUUCCGCGAUGAUGCAUCUGGCAGGAGUUCAACCUGUUGGCUUGUUGGAGCAGAUUCCUGGCGAACAAUGCCCUUUGGUUUGGUUAACGCAAAUACACAUUCGCAAUCAACACAAAACAAAAUUUGACCAAACACAACAACAAAUAUCCCGCGCAAUGUCAAGCUGCCAAACCAAUGUGUUGUAAUAAGAGGUGGCGUUGUUUUGAUCGUAAACAAAAGUUAAUUUUGCCUUAAUUUGUUUAUUUUGACCGUUAAUUAAUUAAAUUAUUUAAUUUCUUACUAUUGUCCCGCCCCUCGAUUGGGUCCUAAAAUUAAGCUUAAAUAUUAUUCUUGUUCAUAACGAUAAUGAUUUUUUUUUUCUGACCAAAAUGACCCUUUGUUCGACCACAAAGGGUUUACAUUUUAUGUUUUUGCAUAAAAAUGAAAAAAAAUGGUCAGAAAUGUCAGAGUCUGGACUGUAUGGCAAACAAACAAAAAAACUCGCAUUUUUUGUCAAACUUUCACAGCUUCACGCAGAAA